GCUCCGAAUCAGCAGUCUGCAAACUGCUCCCAAGGAUGCCAAACCCCAGCUAAAGUUGCGCCUUUGCUUCACGUCCACAGUUACAGUCUUCUGGUGUGUGAGAAGGGAUUCAGUCAACACACUGUGGACGAUGCUGCUGCUUCUGCCGGUGGAGUGGGCUUUAAGCUUCAGUAUGCUGUUUCUGUUUGUGAUCCUCAGAGCCUAGCCAAGUCACCUCUACCGCCGUAGCAAACACGGUGUAAGUGAACCCAUGUGUGGAGGAGGCGUAAUCGGCCAGGAAAUUUCAUAGAAGGAUCUAAGAAAAUGCUAAAAAUAAGUUCAACAUGAUUCUGUUACCGGGGUCCGGAUUUCCACAGGACCAGCACUGCUUCUUGCUUUGAAUUCUGAAGACAGGUCCAAAGCAUAUUUCUAUGUGUGUCUGCUGUGUUUCUCUCUGGAAGGGUGGGAGACGGCUUCUUGGCUGUGUUUUGAAAUGGGAGGUAGAGAGGAUGGAUUGCCUUUAAUUCAUGCCUGAAAAUGCAUUCUUUGGGUGACUAAAGAGGACCGGCUUUCCUAGGAGAUACCUGACCUUUAAGUUCAGAUUGGUCUGUGACCCCCCCCCAGCACCACCAUUAACCUCAGAGUGACUAGCCCACCCCUCUUGCAUUCCCAUGGAAGGAGCUGAGUGUAUUUAAUAUUAGGAGAACAUCCAGAAGUCUGUGAGGAGGGGGAUGGCUCUUCAUAUUCAUGAAGCUUGCAUACUGCUAUUGGUCAUCCCUGGAUUGGUCACCUCUGCUGCCAUCAGUCACGAAGACUAUCCUGCUGAUGAAGGUGACCAGGCUUCCAGUAAUGACAAUCUGAUCUUUGAUGACUAUCGAGGGAAAGGGUGUGUGGAUGACAGCGGCUUUGUAUACAAGUUGGGAGAACGGUUUUUCCCUGGGCAUUCCAACUGUCCGUGUGUCUGUGCUCUAGAUGGACCGGUUUGUGACCAGCCAGAAUGCCCCAAAAUUCAUCCGAAAUGUACAAAAGUGGAACACAAUGGAUGCUGUCCCGAAUGUAAAGAAGUGAAAAACUUUUGUGAAUAUCAUGGAAAAAAUUACAAAAUCUUGGAGGAAUUUAAGCCCUCUCCAUGUGAAUGGUGUCGCUGUGAGCCCAGCAAUGAAGUUCACUGUGUUGUAGCUGACUGCGCAGUUCCUGAGUGUGUCAACCCAAUCUAUGAACCAGAACAGUGUUGUCCUGUCUGCAAAAAUGGUCCCAACUGCUUUGCAGGAACUACAAUAAUUCCAGCUGGCAUUGAAGUGAAAGUGGACGACUGUAACAUCUGUCAUUGUCACAACGGGGACUGGUGGAAACCCGCUCAGUGUUCAAAGCGCGAAUGCCAAGGCAAGCAGAUUGUGUAGGGCAGAUUCCCGACCAGUGACGAGUUCUAGGAGGGGAUGCUAUGGCUUCUACACUGCACACGUUUAACAUUCGACAACAUGAUCAAACCAACUCCUGCCAGCUACAACAGGGUCACCAGCAAAACCUUCUGGGGUGGACACAAGUGAAUAUCUUACGAAGAGGAAAUUUCUCUCUCUUUCUCUUGCUAUAUAAAAUAUACAUAGCAUAUAGCUAUCUAAACCACUUUCGUAAUUGCCAAUGCUUGAUGGUGACUUGACGACCGACAUUUCUGGGACAAGAAAGAAAGAAAACAAGCCUUGAACAGGCUCCUUCCCAGGGAUGCCUCUGACCUGCCAGUUCAUGUCCUUUGGUUUACUCCAUUUUCACUCUGUUGUGCAUCCUACAUUUUUCUCUUGUGCAUUUUCUACGCUUGGAAUCUAAAGGGGUCAGAUUUGACUGUGCAGUAAAGUUUUGUAUUACAUCAGAAGGGUUUGAUAAAGAAACUCUGAGGGGAAGUAUCCUUUUAAACGAAAAAAAAAAAAAAAAAAAAAAAGGAAGAGUGUCCAAGCUGUGGUUCUCAUGGGAGAAGUUAUGUUUGCAGGCUAAGACACAGAGAAGUAAUCUGGGUCCUCUGCAGACCAAGGUGAGGAACAGGUAUUCUCUCUAAUAUGCAGGGGCUCACUAUUGAUUCUUAUAAACCACACUUUUCAUACAUAAAACUUUGAAACUGCCAAUCAGAGACAAGUAGCUGAGAGAGGAACACCAUGAGCUGACUGAAGAACCCAAAGAGACAGGUACUUAAAACCGUAGCAUUUAAACACCGGAAUACUUCAUGACGCCAGCUUUGAGUUUUGGUUUAUAGUUAUACAUUGCAAAGCCCACCUUGUCACCGGGCAAUAUAAAUACCAGAACCAGGGUGUGUAGCCCCACUGUGAAUCAAUCUUUCUAAACACUUCUGACUUUCAAGUUCCAAUUUGGCUGAAAGCUAGUCCGAUACACAGCAGGUUGUUUUUUGUUUUUUGUUUUUUGUUUUUUGUUUUUUGUUUUUUAAUGGAUCAGGGCUGUUUUUGCCAUGUUACAGUAACAACCGCUCAGCCCUAAAUCUAAAAUCCAGAUUCAGGACACUCUUUCCACCUUAAGUGCUGAUGUAAAUUUAAAGAUUUAGGGUAGAGGGAGUCUUGCACAAUACAAUUUCGUUAGUUGAACAUUUUUAAUGUAUAUAUUAGAUACUAAACUAUUAAAGAGAACCUUCGAAGAGUCUCAAGGUUGCCCUGGUAAUGCUGCUAGCAUAAUAAAAGAAAAAUAAUAAUAAAAGAAUUACACAGGGUAUCUGAUGCCACCUCCAGACAAGUGCAGAAUUCACAGUUGUGAGGCCAUGUGGCCUAGUCACUUGCUCCACCGUCCAUCCUAAAAACCCUGGUGCAGAUCUGAUAGGGUCCUUAGGAAACUUCAAAGUUUUCUUCAUCUCCAGUUGUCUUUCCCUUUCCCAUCUUCUGCUCCCACCCCAAUCUGGCUUUCAGGUGGCUUCUGCGGAGGACCACAUGACACGGAAGGCCGUCUCAAUGUCAGUCUCUGACAUUUGUCGCCUGAUGGGUAGGGGCUGAGCUGCACACUCUUAGGCUGCUGAGUGGCAUCCCUGGAUUUUAUCCACCGGGUGCCAGGAGUACGCACCUAGUUAUAUCAACCAACCGUCCCCAGAUAUUGCCAAAAAGUCCUCAAGGGGUGUGGAUAGGGAACAGAAUGAAGCUGUAUCAUGCAACAGUAUCAUUUCUGCCAUGCAACAUUCUCCAGCUGCACACACAUGGCUUUGUUGACCCCCGGAGCCCUUUGGAUCAUGCACAAAUAGCAAUCCCCGGGGACGGGGGGGUCAGUCUCCUCCCUAUCAAGUGAUGCUUCUAACACCCACUCUCUGGACACCGGUUUCUUUAGUCUCAUAAAUUAGUUUUCUCAUUUAAAAUUGUCAGCCUCCCUGGAAGAACCACCUGUCAUCAAGAAAGAGUUGUCGUUUCCAAAAUUUAUGUGCUGAUGGGCCAGACCUGACACUUUUACACACGCUGUGCUUGUGCUAUGAUACAAAUAACCAUCCUGGUGCCAUCCGAGGAAGAACAUCCAGCCGCCUUCCUUUAGAACACCAAUUUGCUGUGAGGUUGGUGCCUUUCAGUUGCCACUAUGGAUACAUCAUAGAGACAGCCAUGAAUCAUUCAUGAGCAAUUCUGCAUGAUUUAUGCCUGCACUCUAAAGCAAAGGCACGCCACACUUAAGCCCGUGUCUAGACAGAGUUGUACUCUACAGCUUUCUUUGCCCUGAAGUUGCCUAUUCCCAGUUCCAAAAACCUAUAUUCUUGGAAAGAAAUAAUAAUAAUAAUUAUUAUUAUUAUAAAUGACAGGAAUAUGGUCUAAAACGGAAAAAAAAUUACUAAUAGAGCCAUGUAGCAUAGACCCUUAUCUAUUAUUAAGGAGUUACUAUGUCCUUGUUAGAAACAGAGAAUGUGCAACUUGGAAGCCAAGGUACAGAAAUUUUGCAUCAAAGUCUGAGCCCACUGAUACUCACAGCAAGAAUUCGGUAUGACAGAGCAUAACAACUAUCAGGACUCUCUUCAGAGAGCUCGCAGCUGGUACCUGAUCGAUGGCCGCCCCUACAAACUUGAGAAGGGGAUUUUUAUAGUUGUUUAUGUUGGGUUUGGGCUUGGUUUCUUUUGUCUGUUUGUUAUGUUUCACUGCAGUAUUUCCUUUAAUACCCCCCAAAGUACUAGUGUUUUUCUACCUUUAGGGAGAGGCGAACCUGUGACAGAAUUUCUCAUCAACUGGAAAACGUUUAACAACUUCCUACUGCCUGGGUCACUGAGAAAUUCUUUCCAAGUUCUGAAUAUCAGAGAUCUUCUGGUCUCAUCAUUUUGUUGUUGCUGCUGUUAUUUCUUUUGAAGGCUUUGAUUGCAGCCACGCAGUCACCUCUGUGUUAUAAUUUCUCCUAUGCCUUUGGCUCGCGGCUUUAAAUUCAACCAUGUUUGGAUAAGGGAUCAGCAGCUGGUUUGUCAGCUGAUGCCUGUUAAACUGAUUCAGUUUCUAAAAUCUUUGAAAAAUGGUGUGCCUGAAAACUAGUGAAAGAGAGAGAGAAAAAAAAACCACUAAAUACUAAACUGUAAAAAAGGGGGAUUCUAGCAACAAUAUUUGAUGUGUAAAAGAAUAUAUUAUUAAAAAAUUAUUUUGUUAAAUAUAAAGUGUGUUAACCAGUGAACAC